AUUAUAUUAGCCGUAAUGUCGAGUAUAUUUUUCUGAUAAAAUUAAUUUUAAGUGAAAUUUAAAAUACAAUGCCUCCAAAAGGCAAAAAGGGAAAAGGUAAAAAAGGACCACCUGAAUCAGGAUGGAUGCCAGGCUUCGGGACGAAGGCCACAAUGACUACCUACUUCCAAUACCCCACCCCCGAGCUUCAGGAGGAGCUGAAGAAGAUCGCCCAAGCCAUUGUUGCUCCUGGCAAGGGUAUUCUUGCAGCUGAUGAAUCUACAGGGACCAUGGGCAAGCGUCUCCAGGACAUCGGAGUUGAGAAUACAGAAGAAAAUCGCCGCAAAUACCGCCAACUUCUCUUCAGCUCUGAUGCGGCAAUUUCCGAGAACAUUUCCGGAGUGAUUCUAUUCCACGAGACCUUGUACCAGAAGACGGAUGAUGGCACACCCCUGGUGUCUCUAUUGGAGAAACGCGGCAUCAUUCCUGGCAUCAAGGUCGACAAAGGUGUCGUACCUCUUUUUGGAUCGGAAGAUGAAUGCACCACUCAGGGUCUUGAUGACCUCGCCCAGCGUUGCGCACAAUACAAGAAAGACGGUUGCCACUUUGCAAAAUGGCGCUGUGUAUUGAAGAUCGGACGCAACACUCCAUCUUAUCAGGCCAUUUUGGAGAACGCUAAUGUCUUGGCCCGGUACGCCUCGAUCUGUCAGAGCCAGCGCAUCGUGCCUAUCGUUGAACCCGAAGUUCUUCCUGAUGGUGAACAUGACCUUGAUCGCGCACAGAAAGUCACUGAGGUCGUCCUGGCAGCUGUGUACAAGGCGCUCAACGACCACCACGUCUACCUUGAGGGUACCCUACUCAAACCUAACAUGGUGACUGCUGGUCAGUCCUGCAAGAAAACUUACACUCCAUUGGACGUUGCACGUGCCACCGUCACUGCUUUAUUGAGGACAGUUCCCGCUGCCGUACCUGGCAUCACAUUCCUCUCUGGUGGUCAGUCAGAGGAGGAAGCAUCAGUACACUUGAACGCCAUAAACUCAGUAGAUCUGAAAAGGCCGUGGGCCCUCACCUUCAGCUUUGGACGCGCCCUCCAAGCCUCUGUCCUCCGUGCCUGGGCUGGCAAGCCCGAGAACAUUCUUGCUGGCCAGCAAGAACUGCUCAAGCGUGCUAAGGCAAAUGGCCUAGCGUCUACAGCCAAAUACCAGGCUGGAUCUAUUCCUUCUCUAGCUGCUGGAAAAUCUAACUUUGUUAAAGCGCAUGCUUAUUAAUAAUUUUAUUAUAUUAUUAAAAGCUAUAAUUGACAAUAUCGAAUUAAAUCUGUGGCCUUUUUUUACAAAAGGAUUUUGUUUGAUCCAUACUUCGUAAAGUUUUAUUUUCGCUAACUCAGACAACUUAUUUAGCAUUAAUUAAAAUUAAAACGCAGCUCAAAGUUUUCUAAGUUUCUCAUAAGUUUUUCGACAUAUUAGAUAUUUAUUAAGUUUAUUUUAUAGAAAUCUAAUUUCAGAAACGUUAUUUACUUAAUAAGGAUUUUCACAAAUUUAUUCUUGUAUUUUUCGGUUAUCUUUAUGUUCUAGUCAGGCAUUUUUUUAUAAAUUCUAUUUUUGAAAAUUUAUAUAAUAUUCUUUACAAUUAUAAAUGACGCAACAAUGCGCUUCAAGAAUAUGUGUUCAUUCUCAAAUGAGAAUCUAUAUAUUUUUUAAGCUACAUGCGAUAUUUAAUUAUUUUAAAAAGAAGACUUCCUUCUAACUAAACCUACAUCACUAGUACAGAUAUUCGGCUAGAACAUUUUAGUGCCUAUAAAAUAGUUAAUAUUAUAGUUUAUUCACGCGUUUACUGUAGUACUUGUUAUCAUAUUAUUAGAAUUCAUUUUUCAUUAAAUUAGAUAUGUAUUAACUGCAUGCUCAAUUCACAAUUUGUGAUGUGUGUGUGUGAAAAUAUAAUAAAUAUUAUAUUUUUUUAA